ACCGCCGUCAUCCUGGACAUUUUCCGCCGAGCAGACAAGAAUGAUGAUGGGAAGCUCUCCCUGGAGGAAUUCCAGCUCUUCUUUGCAGAUGGCGUCCUUAACGAGAAGGAGCUUGAGGACCUUUUCCACACCAUCGACUCGGACAACACCAACCAUGUGGACACCAAGGAGCUGUGCGAUUACUUUGUGGACCACAUGGGGGACUACGAGGAUGUCUUGGCCUCCCUGGAGACCUUGAACCACUCCGUCCUGAAGGCCAUGGGCUACACCAAGAAGGUUUACGAGGGCGGGAGCAACGUGGACCAGUUUGUCACGCGCUUCCUUCUAAAGGAGACAGCCAAUCAGAUCCAGUCGCUGCUCAGCUCCGUGGAGAGUGCGGUGGAAGCCAUUGAGGAGCAGACCAGCCAGAUCCGGCAGAACCAUAGCAAACCCAGCCCUGGUGCCGUGGAGAGCUGGUAUGGCAGCCCCACUCCUCCCUGCGCCCCCGUGCCUGUGGAACCCAGGAAGAGCCUUCCACCUGUCCCAGGGGACCCCAAGGAGGAGAGUCUGGAAGCCCAGGUCAACCGGCUGGCACAGCUGAUUGGGAGGCUGGAGCACAAGACCCUCUGGUUUGACCUGCAGCAGCGCCUCUCUGAUGCUGAGGAAGGCACCAACGUGCACCUGCAGCUGGUCCGGCAAGAGAUGGCUGUGUGCCCAGAGCAGCUGGGCGAGUUCCUGGGCUCCCUGCGACAGUACCUGCGGGGCACCGCCGGAGCCAGGCCCUGCUUCCACAUUGCUGCAGUAAGGCUGGAUGACGGCUUCACCUUCGUGGUCUAUGAGUUCUGGGAGACGGAGGAGGAGUGGAAGAGGCACCUGCGGAGCCCUGUGUGCAGGGCUUUCCGGCACGUCAAAGUGGACACGCUGAGCCAGCCGGAGGCCCUGUCCCGGAUCUCUGUGCCAGGAAAAAAGGCUCCCACAGAAGUCUGGAGGAACUGGGCAGAGGCGGUGGCAGCAGGUCCCUCUCCUGCCACAGUGGCCCAGAGCAGCCCCAGGGAGCAAGCGUCCCCUCCUACCACUCCCGGGAGGCACAUCCCUGCGACCUCACCGCUGCAGCUGUUCCUCCACAUUGUCCUGCCCUCGGUUUGCCUGGCACCUUGA